UGUGCUAGAUUUUGGCUAUGGCUGUCUCGUGUGGAUUCUUCCCUGGAAACGUGCCGUGGUGCGCGUUUGGAGCUUCGAGUGGCCUCAGAUCUAGAAUGCGGCCGCCAAUGCUGUCGCGCUCGAUUCAGUGCUGCGCAGAAGCGGCAAUCGAUGAGGCAGCUGCUGUGGAACUCCCGUGCCUUCCUUUCAAGGCCGCGGAGGUUUUGGUUCCUUCGUCUACAAAGACUUUGCAUUUGUACGAGGCGAGAUUUCUAGCACUUCUGGAAGAGGUAAAAUCGUUCUCUUCUCGCGAUUGUUUCGUUCACUGUUCUAUUUCCUUGCAGGCUUUGCGAAAGUGCCACAAUCUUUUCGUCCAUGUUGUGAUUGAGAGAACUGGACGAUCAGCGAACGAGUAUGCUUUUAGAUAUGGUUGCUUGAGCCACAUCCUGCACGUGAAGCGCUUGGAAGUUGGAGCUCUAGUCACGAUACGGGGAAUUGGACGAGUGAGGCUGAUCUCUUUGUCCCAGAUGGAACCAUUUCUCAAGGGUGUCGUCGUUCCCGUGAAAGAUGAGACGCCGAAGGACGCAGACCGGAUACAAUCCUCGGUUGAGAGCUUGAAGAAAACAUUGUCUGACGUCCAGCAGCUCCAAAUCAAGCUCAAGGUAAGCUGUGCUCUUCUUCUCUGUGCUUCGAGUCUAGAGGCAUUUCUUUUGCAGACUUCCAAAGAUGAGCUCUUGCAAACUCCGUUGCAAAGAGCAUUGGAGUGGGCUGAGAGGGCCAACUUCGGUGAGAACCUCAGCUAUUUCGUUCCAAAUCGUGAAGAACGGCUAUCUUUCGCAGCUUUGCAACCAAUUAGUGGUGCAAAUGCUGGCGAGUUGAGGCAGCUGCUGGAACGGAGGCUCGUCGCCAUGGAUUCCACGGAUACGCUUGAAAGAUUAACCUCGUCCAUGGAGUAUGCGCAGCACAGCCGAUCAUCCGUCGCAGCAAAGGUAGCAAUCCAGUCCUUGCAACUCUAGGCACCCUUUAGAGCCAUGUAGUUAGUGUCUUCGUAGAGUAAAUUCAAAUCACCUUCCAAGUGUUGUUUCCUGCA